CAAACGGCAUGGCAGUGCAGCUCCUAUCUACUUAAAUGGGGGAAGACCGAAAUCUGCAAAACGGCUGUCUUUCCGCUCCUCUGUUUAAUCAAAGGAAGAGAAACAGGCUGCCUUUGACGUCUAAUCCCUCUGAGAGUGAUCUCUUUUCUGACAAUCACUACAAUGAGAUACAAACCUUCUCCUUAUCCUCCUCUGGUCCACCUGGUCAGAGUGAUCUGUGGAACCAGCGACCCUAUCUUUCUUCACAGCAAGCCAAAAUUAGACCUGCUGCUUCACCGGUUGUAGAAGGACAAGGAUACGCACCUUUACCUCACCCAAAAAAGCCUGCAUAUGCCUGGUCACAGACAGUUCAGCAAAGGCCUCCAGUGAGGCGUGAUUCCAUGGCAACAACUGGAUCCUAUGUUCAUGGUGGCUUUCCAAGUAGCAGCUCAACCUCACUUGGCCAGACCAGAUGGUCUAGUGGCUUCCAGAACCAGAAUCGACAGUCAUUUAACAGGCCAACAAGUUCCUUCAGAAUGCCUUACUGUCCUCAGCAGUGUUCCCCUGCAGCAGUAAGCACUAGCAGCCCUGGAGAUCAGAGUCGCAGCACAAAGUGGAACUUCAGAUCUACCAGACAAUCAGACAGUGGAAUGCGGGCAAAACAAAACACCUCAAGUGAGCGGAUCACCACUCAGCAGCUGAAACCACCACAUGAGACGUCCAUGCAUGUCCUUACUACUGUUAUUGAAGGCAUGAAGCACUGGAACCAGUACAAGAACAGAUUGCCGAUUAUAUUUGAGGUCUUUGCCACACUUGACUCUGCAGUUACAGUGGGAGAGCACGGAGCAAAGACAUUUUCCAUGAGGGAUGGUAAACAUGUGGUCCAGUGUCUCUACUCUGAAAGUGUCCAGACACUGUCCAGACUGAUCAGGGGUCAGGUGCAUUGCUGCAUUGGGAACUUUGACAGGGAUAAGGACACAAUGAUGUGUGUGUCAGUCCGAGCUGCCUCACUGUCUGAGCAAAGGAAUGCCCAGGAGGCUGUUAAAGCAUCAGACGUGGAGAUGAGGAAUGUGGUUCUGAUGUUCACUGAAAUCUGAUGUGGAUGGAACAAGUAGCAGGAGAAAGAGGAAACUAGAGCAGAUUCGUCUGGUUUUGUCUUAGUUAUGAAUGAGUUCAGAGAUGGCUUAUAAA